UUUAGAGAGAGAAAAGAUAGAUAGAAAUAGAAAUUGGGUGUUGUGGGGAUUUCACUUUCAGUUGGGUGAACUUUUGUUUUCUUCAAGAGAGACCCUUCGAAGAAGAAGAAGAAGAAGAAAAGUAGAGAGAGAAAGAGAGAAGCAGAGUUCAUCCAAAGUGCAUGAAGUGAUUUUGUGGCAGAAGAUCUCUUGGGAUUUGGCCAUUUCUGCCUGUCUCUCUGCAACAAUUCCAUGGCAAAGGCGAGACCGUAAUGCUGAAAACAUGGGGAAGAAAGGGAGCUGGAUUUCGGCGAUCAAGCGUGUUUUCACGCACGGUUCCAAGGAAAAGCACGCGAAGCCAGCCGAUGGGUCGUCGGAGAAGAGGCCCGUUCGGGAAAAAAGAUCCGGGAAGGGAAUUCUACGGCGCGGAGAUACCAAAUCGUUCAUUCCCCUGUUCCGGGAGCCGAGCAGCAUCGAGAAGAUAUUAGGGGAAGCUGAUCAGCUCCUGCUCAGGCCACCCGCAUCGUCGGAGCCGCCGAAAAUUGGUUUGCCGGGAGCGUCGAUCUCACCGCUCGUCGCAUCGCCGCAACGGGAUUCUCCGGGGGUUCGAUCUCCUCGAGCCCCCCGUCCUGUUUCUCCGAAGAUUCCUUCUCCAAAAGCUGUUUCCCCAAAAAUUGCAUCGCCGAUAGCCAUUUCUCCCAAGGCUUCGACAUCCCGGGCAGCUUCUUCGAAAACUGUCGCGACGCCUCCGAAGGUAGGAAAGGGCAAAAAGGGAAUUACCUAUGUGAAGAGGCCAGAGCCGAGUUUGCGAGAGCAGCAAGUUUCGGCGACUAAGAUUCAGGCAGCGUUUCGGGGUUACUUGGCAAGGCGGAGUUUUAGAGCGGUGAGGGGAUUGGUGCGGCUGCAAGGAGUGGUGAAGGGACAAAGCGUGAAACGACAAACGAUCAACGCCAUGAAACAGCUGCAGCUCCUUGUCCGGGUUCAGACACAAAUCCAAUCUCGAAGAAUCCAAAUGUUGGAAAGCCAGCGCCGGCACGAUAAAGAAGCCGAGAGUACUGUCAGCAAAUGGACCGCGAACCUGCUGUCCGAAGCCGGACAAAAUGAAGAUUGGGAUGACAGUACACUAACAAAAGACGAAGCUGAUGCAAGGCUACGAAAAAAGGUUGAGGCGGUCAUAAAACGAGAGCGAGCCAUGGCGUACGCGUAUUCUCACCAGCUAUGGAAAGCAAACCCGACCUCGACUCAAACUCCGGUUGACAUCCGCGCAAACGGAUAUCCAUGGUGGUGGAAUUGGCUCGAUCGUCAACUCCCUCAAGAAGGCACCUCCCGGGGCCAACCCGCCGGAAAAAUCGUCGCGUCAACUCCUCCAAGAUCGAUCUCGGGUUACAAACCGAGCCCUCGAUCCCACAAGCCGGGAAGCUUCACUCCCGACAACCACCACCACGACUUGCCCGGAACGCCCCAAUCGUCGAGAUCCGUAAUCCCGACGACGCGGGUCAAGCAAUUCCAUACCCCGAGCCGGACUCCUCCUCGGCCCGGAAACGGUAAUUCAUCGACGAAGCCGCGGCCAAUUUACGACGCUCCCAUGAAAGACGACGAUAGCUUGAUGAGCUGCCCGCCGUUUCUCGCGGUCCCGAGCUACAUGGCGCAGACGGCGUCGGCGAAGGCGAAAGUGCGGGCGAGUAGCAACCCAAAGGAUCGGUUGUUUGCGGGAACGGUAACGGGAACGGGAACGGGAACGGCGGGGAAUGAGUCGAAGAGGAGAUUCUCGUUCCCGUUGACGCCGAAUACGAUCGGGUCGUCGUUUAAGUGGAAUAGAGGGAGUAAGGAGACGAGCUCGCAGGCGGAUAAGCAGUCGGUCGGGGGGAUGAGCGUCGACUCCACAGCGUCGAUGCCGGCGGCGUUGAUGGGGCGGAGGAAGCCGUUUAACAGGUUUGUGUGAGAGGUUUGUGCUGUUUGUUUGUGUUUUUUUUUUUUUCUUUUGAACGUAUGUAUGUUUUGUUUGUUUGUUGUGAUACACAUCAUGUUACGAUAUUGAUUGAUAUUGUUGUUGUUGUUGA